AUGAUAAUUUUAUAUCCGUGGUUACUUAAAAAAGAGAAAAUAGGACUCCUAAGUAUUUGCGUUUUAAAAGCUCUCUUACAAAAUCACGUGGUUCCUACUGUCAUCUGUUUGCCAGCUCUUACCGAUAAACAUAAAAUGAAAACCUUGGGUGGUCAAGACAUAACUUUUGAAUGCAAUAAAACAGGAACAUAUGUCAACGGUGCAAAACUUACUUCAGAAACUAUGUUAAGUUCUAAUGGUGUCAUCAAUAUAAUUUCUGACGUUUUAAUACCGGAUAGAGUUCGGAGUGUUUUAGAACUAAUAGAAAAGAAGGAAUAUAAUUUAACGGCAUUCUCUUCACUAGUUCGUUCUGCAAAUUUGCAUAAUUUGCUAGAUCAUCCAAAUGUUACAUUAACCGUUUUUGCACCGACUGACGAAGCAUUUGAACAGUUAUCUCAGCACGAAUUGGAAGAAUAUACUUCGACUACAGAGAAGUCUAGACAUCUUCUCAAUCAUCAUAUCAUACACGGGAGAUAUACGACAGAUAUCAUGUCAGACAAUCAAAUAGUUGAGACAUAUGAAAGCCGAUCUGAAUUGAGGCUUAAAGUUUACAGAAAAGCUGUAGGAGUUGAAACGGCUAUUGUAAAAAAAUCAAAUAUUGAAGGACAGAACGGCGUAUUGCAUAUCAUUGAUAGAGUGCUUACACCUCCAAAGUUAAAUAUCAUUGAAAUGUUAGAUAAUAAUAAAGAAUUCAGUAUGUUUUCUGAGGCUGUUCGAAGAGUCAGAGAAACCGAACCUUACUUUCUAGAGAGGAAUGGAAAUCCUUACUCAACAUUCACAAUAUUUGCUCCAACUGAUGAGGCUUUUAAAGAGUUGGGCAGCCGGAAAUUGGAAUCUAUAAUGGGAAGCAAUAAAAAAUUAAAAAAGGUGAUUAUGAAUCAUGUUGUGGAUAAUAUGAUGUCGUCAGGUUCUUUCAGCACGUCUAAAGUUUAUUACAAUGUUCGCACAGAAUAUCAGACUGUGAAUGUUCAUAAAAAGAAAGGGCAUUUGAUGGUAAACGGUGCACACGUUAUUAAAUCCGAUAUGUUGACAAAGGAUGGCAUUGUUCAUUGUAUAGAUCAAGUGCUUAUGCCGGAAGACAGGAGAAGAUCGUGAGCAAUUACUGCAUCCCUUCCGAUAAGGAGCAAAAUCACAUAUUUAUACUUUAUAUAUUUGUUACUUCUAAAGUUCGACGUUAUAUUUUGUUGUUUUAUUUUUAUUUUUUUCAAAGUGGUGAUUAUUGUGCAUUAUCAUUGUCAUUAUUAUUUUUCAUUUAAUGUUACUAAAUUUGCCAAAAUCGUAAAAUGGGUGCUAUUAUUUAAAUGCUAUAUAAGUAUAUAAUGCUUAUUACAGAUAUAUCGAUGCAUUAUUUAAUGUAUUAGCACAAAAAUUUUAAAUGUGCAUGAGCAAUUAUAAAUUUUAACUUA